AUGCUUAAUCCAAAAACUAUACAUAGAGAAUUCUCUGGUGUACCUGGUGCAUUGGGUAUUACUCUUGGUUUACCUAUGGUCAUCGAGUUCUUCGCACUCGUGACUAACGAAAGCUACUCCAUUCAAGGUAUAUCGCUUGAUUUAGACGCUGUAUUGAAGCAAUUGCCAUCUGGCAGUCAAGAAACCAUAGCUUUGGCAUUUGACAAGAACUGUUGGUUGGCGUACUUGGCUUGGUUUGGUACAUUAGUUGCGCUUGACUUUGUCCUUCCAGGUAAACAUAUGCAGGGUGUUGAAUUGAGAGAUGGUACCAAGCUUAACUACAAAAUCAAUGGUUUGGCGAUGUCCGGGUGUUUGUUGGUUUUACUUGCCUCGAGAUUGGUGCAGUCGGAGGGUUAUUUCUUACCGGAAUUGGACUUCUUAUAUAAGAAUAUGUUGAAGUUGACCGUUGUCUCUGUCAUCUUCUCAUUCAUCUUAGCUAUCUUCGUUUACGCGGUGUCAUUCAUUCCCUUGUCCAAGCCUAACGGUAAGGGCACCAGCGAACGUAUAUUGUCAGUAAAUGGAAACACAGGAAACUACUUCUACGAUUGGUUCAUUGGCCGUGAAUUGAACCCAAGAUUGGGCACCUGGGAUAUCAAGCUCUUCUGUGAGUUGCGCCCUGGAAUGUUGCUUUGGCUCUUGAUUAACUUAUCCUGUGUUCAUUAUCAGUAUCACUCUUCUGGAAGUGUUUCCGACUCUCUUAUCCUUGUCAAUGUACUCCAGGCAUUUUACAUAUUCGAUGGUGUCUUGAACGAAGAAGGGUGUUUGACUAUGAUGGACAUAACCACUGAUGGCUUCGGGUUUAUGUUAAGUUUCGGUGACUUGGCAUGGGUUCCAUGGGCGUAUACCUUACAAGCUAGAUACUUAGCACUUGAUGAAAACCGUUUGCAGUUGGGUAGAUUUAACCUUUCUCUUAUCGCUACCUUGCAGUUCCUAGGCUUCUACAUCUUCCGUUCUGCGAACCUCCAGAAGUCGUUGUUUAGACAAGGAAAACUUGACCACAUGAAUUUUGAAAGUAUCAAGACCCAAACUGGAUCCAAGUUGCUCUGCGACGGAUGGUGGGGAUUGUCGCAACAUAUUAACUAUCUUGGUGAUUGGCUUAUAGGAUGGUCCUGGUGUUUACCUACUGGAUUCCAGACUCCCUUGACGUACUUCUACGUACUUUACUUCGGAACAUUACUCGUGCAUAGACAAUUAAGAGACGAGGCUAAGUGCAGAGACAAGUAUGGUAAAUACUGGGAAGAGUAUGAAAAGAAGGUUCCUUACAAAAUCAUUCCAUACGUCUACUAA